AGGUUCUGAUUCAACACUGGGAGUGUCUGUUCAGUCUCUUCUCAGCUCUUGAGUGUGCCACACUAGAGAUCUCUCUUUUCCUAAAUCAAAAUGAAGGAGUUAAUCUUCCUGUUUCUUUAUCUGCUUGGAUCUGCCAGAGGAGCACCACCAGGCCAGCCUGAUGAGCUCCUUGACUCUGUGGACCACCAAGCUUCUGUUCAGCAACUUUCAAGUGAGUAUUUCUCACUCUCAAACCCUGCGGACGUCGAGUCUUUAUAUGAAACUCCUUCAGGUGAGAAAGCUCUGACUGAUCACAGUUCAAGCGAACAUGAAUCAAGUGAGCAUACUGCUGGAGAACACACUUCAGGUGAGCAUACUUCAGGAGAACUUUCAGAACAUAUGGCAGGUGAGCAUAUGUCAAGCAAGCAUAUUACAGGAGAGCAUAUUACAGGAGAACACAUCACGGGCGAGCACACUUCAGGCGAGCACACUUCAGGCGAGCACACUUCGGGAGAACCUUCAGAACAGUCCGAAGCAGAAGCGUCUGCUGAACAGGUUACAGGUGAGAAGACUGAGGAGGCGAGCGAGCAGGCCGCUGGAGAGUCAGGUGAAAAGAAUGAGGCUCUGAGUACACCAUUUCCAAGCACGUCUUCAGGUGUGGCAAUAAACUGCCACACGUGUGCUUAUAUGAACGAUGAUGCAAAAUGUCUUCGUGGAGAAGGAGUAUGCACCACUCAAAAUUCCCAGCAGUGCAUGUUAAAAAAGAUCUUUGAAGGUGGAAAACUCCAGUUCAUGGUUCAAGGGUGUGAGAACAUGUGCCCAUCUAUGAACCUCUUCUCUCAUGGAACAAGAAUGCAAAUUAUGUGCUGUCGGAACGAACCUCUCUGCAACAAGAUCUAGGAGUCUGUGCCCCCACUUCUUGCUCUGACUCAGGCAACUUCACCACUCUACUUGACUCAAUUUGUAUUCAUCUUCGACUGAUCACAUCUGUCUCUGCCUGAUGAGACAAGAAGCUCAACCCUUAUGUCCUCUGACCUCCUUGCUCCCCUCCUUCCCCAGAUUUUUUUUUUUUUGCAAUAAAUCCCUAUUGUUAAAGAA